AGCUUUGUAAUCACCGGAAAACCAACAUCUUCUUGCUGUUUCCACCAGUGUUUCUCCCCAUAAUUCAUUGUGAAAUAUAUAUUAACACUCUCAACUUUGAUCUUCAUUUCUUUAAUCAUGACAUCGAUGAAGAAGUUAAAGAACUGUUUUUGUUGCACUUCUCAGGAUGAUCAAGAGCCAAAGAUCAUUCCCCAAAAGACUAGGGAUUACCCAUGGAAUAUGUAUACUCUCAAGGAACUAGUGCACGCAACCAACAAUUUUCACAACGAUAACAAGAUAGGUGAAGGCGGAUUUGGUAGUGUUUAUUGGGGUCGAACAAGUAGAGGCGCCGAGUUGGCAGUGAAACGGCUCAAAUCCAUAAACGCGAAAGCAGAAAUGGAAUUCGCGGUUGAGGUGGAGAUUCUUGGGAGAGUUCAACACAAGAAUUUGUUGGGACUAAAAGGAUUUCAUGCUGGUGGAGAUGAAAGACUUAUAGUCUAUGAUUAUAUGCCUAACCACAGCUUGCUCACUCACCUCCAUGGUAAACUUGCAGCCGAUUGCCUCCUAGAUUGGCCACGGCGAAUGAGCAUAGCCAUUGGCUCCGCUGAAGGCUUAGCGUACUUGCACCAUGAAGUAACUCCUCACAUAAUACAUAGAGACAUAAAAGCUAGUAAUGUACUUCUAGAUUCAGAUUUUGAAGCUAAAGUUGCUGAUUUCGGGUUCGCAAAACUGAUACCUGAUGGAGUGACUCAUAUGACAACAAGGGUGAAGGGUACACUAGGGUACCUUGCACCCGAGUACGCCAUGUGGGGAAAGGUUUCAGAAAGCUGUGAUGUCUAUAGUUUCGGAAUAUUAUUACUUGAGAUUGUAAGUGGAAAAAAGCCAUUAGAAAAGCUCCCUGGGGGUAUCAAGCGUGAUAUAGUGCAGUGGGCUACUCCAUUUGUACAAAAGGACACAUAUGAUCACAUUGCUGACCCUAGAUUAAAGGGUAGAUUUGAUAUUUCACAGCUAAAGGUUGUGGUCAAGAUAGCCAUGGCUUGUACGGAUAGUAAUGCCGAGAAUCGGCCUAGCAUGAUGGAGGUGGUUGAAUGGUUGAAGAGUGGUGUUGGCAGUAGGAAAAAGGAGAUCCAUAUAGUUAAAGAUUUAGCUAAUGAAACUGAAGAUGAAGAUGAUUUUGGUGAUGAUGAUACGGAUUAUUAUGAAACUUUCGAUAAGAAGAAAAAUUCGCGUAGGGUUCCACGAUUGCCAUCAAGAACAAGAUGAAUCAAAACUAGAAUUUAUGAAAUUAAUUAUCUCAAUUGGUUCUUGAUGCCGUUGUAGUUCUUGAUUUGUGACGUAAUUAAACUAUUUUAUUAUGUGA